AUGAACGGCCAUAUUGCUAGCGCUCUUGUCAUCGUCGCCGCCCUAGGCGUGGUCGGCACGUAUGCCGCCUCUGUGGCGAAGCCCACCUGUGGUGGCACCACCUCGUCGAAGAACAUCAAUCUGGUGCAGCCAACGAAUCCGCCACGUGAGUGCGAGUAUCACAUCAAUGCGUACAGCAAGAACGUGUGCCAGCUGCGCAUUGACUUUGCCAUGACCCUGGCUCAGCCGACGGUGCAGGAAAGGGAGGGCACAGACCAGAGAUACGUCGAGUGCACGCAGGACUUCUUCGAGGUCAAUGGCCUGCGUUUGUGUGGCGUGGAGACAUGGCAGCACAUCUAUGUGCCCUUCAAUGCCACGUCGGGAGUCUCGCGCAUCGAUCUGCUGAUCUCGCUGGCCAACCGUGCUGGUUCUACGGGUCUGCCUACACCUGAGUGGGACAUGACAGUCACACAACUAGAAUGUCCCGCCGGCAGCUCUGUGCGCUCUGUGGCUGAGGAGACCGAGACAGUCGAUGAGGAGCCACUGCAUCCACAGGCGCGUGCCACUAUCACUGAUGGCUUCUUUGUGGCACCACCUGGCUGUCUGCAGUACUUCCCACAAGCCUCAGGCGCUGUCAAAUCCUUCAACUAUAAUGACGGCGCUGGAAUUUACCCCUCAAACCUGAAUUAUGCCAUUUGUUUCCGACGCACUACGGCCACCAACGCUCUCAGAAUUCGCAUGUACUACUUCCACGUAGGCGCUGAAGAAGUUUCUGGUAAUCUUUUGACGGACAACUCUUGCUACCACAGUGGAGCUGCCAGCAAUCCAGGCGAUGAUUUCCUGAUGGUCCCCGAGGCUGUGCUAACUGAGAGCAACGAAGCCGCCACAUAUUUCUGUGGCGCCAUUCAGAAGGAUGCGGUCAUAACCAGUAACAACCCUGGACCGCUGGUGGUGCUUUUCAAGAGUGACGAAAUCUACAAGGCAAAAGAAGCAGGAUUUGCUUUCACCUAUACCGUUGAAUAGAGCUUUUGUGUUGUAAAGCUUAUGAAGCUUGUGAAGCUUACACAGGUUUCUAUGAAAUACAAUAAAUAAACAUAUAUGUACCUAACUA